UCCCUGUGGCCCUGUCCACUGGGCAUCCUCCAGGCUCUGAGAAACCCGCCCUCUCAUAGCCGCCAACCCCACCCCCUGCCUUGAAAUUUAAGGGAGGCUGGAGUGGAGCGUGGAGCAGAGAUUGGAGAAGAUCCUGCAGGAGCCCUGGGCUGGCUAGCUGUUGGGCAGGUCUCCAAGGGAGUGGUGAAUUAAAAGGACACGGUGAAGACAAGCUGAAUAAAAUGAAGAGGGAGUUGUUGUGUGUGCUGCUGUUCUGUGGAGUAACCUUCACUUUGCCCAGACAGGAAAUUCAUAUACGAUUAAGAAGAAGACCCAGAUAUUACAAAGUCACCUGCACAGAUGAGGAAACACACAUGACCUACCAGCAGCAUCAGUCCUGGCUGCGCCCCAUGGUCAGAAACAAUCGGGUGGAAUACUGCUGGUGCAACAGCGGCCGACCGAAAUGCCACUCAGUUCCUGUCAGAGGGUGCAGAGAACCCAGGUGCUUCAAUGGGGGAACAUGCCAGCAAGCGCUGUAUUUCCCAGACUUUGUCUGUCAGUGUCCUGAAGGGUUUACUGGGAAGCUCUGUGAAGUAGAUGCCACUGCCACUUGCUAUGAGGAUGAAGGCGUCACCUACAGGGGCACAUGGAGCACAACAGAAAGUGGGACCGAGUGUGUCAACUGGAACAGCAGUGCGCUGUUCCGGAAGCCCUACAAUGGACGGAAGCCAAAUGCCCUCCACCUGGGUCUUGGGAAUCACAACUACUGUAGAAACCCGGACCAAAGCACAAAGCCGUGGUGUUAUGUCUUCAAGGCCGGGGCUUACAGUUUGGAGUUCUGCAACACGCCUGCCUGUCCCAAGGAAAAGAGUAAAGACUGCUACACCAAGGAGUUGACAUACCGUGGCACCCACAGCCUCACCAAGUCUGGCAUCUCCUGCCUCCCAUGGAAUUCUGUAGUCCUGUUAGACAAGGCAUAUACAGCCUGGAGGAAAAACGCCCAGGCACUGGGCCUGGGCAAACACAACUACUGCCGGAACCCUGAUGGGGACAUCAUGCCUUGGUGCCAUGUGCUGAAGGGCUUCGAGCUGACGUGGGAGUACUGUGAUGUGCCUCUUUGCUCCACCUGUGGUCAGCGACAAUACAAGCAGCCUCAGUUCCGCAUCAAAAACGGGUUCUUAACAGACAUCACCUCUCACCCAUGGCAGGCUGCCAUCUUUGUCAAGAAUCAGAACUCAGAAGGAGAGAGGUUUUUGUGUGGGGGUGUCCUGAUCAAUUCCUGUUGGGUCCUGUCUGCAGCUCACUGCUUCCCGGAUAGGCCUUCUAACAAGGACCUUAAAGUGGUCCUGGGUAGAACAUACCGUUUGAUCCCUGGAGAGGAGGAGCAGAGAUUUUCAGUGAAAGAAUAUAUCAUCCAUAAGGAAUUUGAUGUGGAGACAUUCGACAAUGACAUUACACUGUUGCAGCUGAGUUCUGAGUCAGGCCAUUGUGCACAGAACAGCAACACUGUAGGCACCAUCUGCCUCCCUGAAGCCAACCUACAGCUGCCUGAUUGGACGGAGUGUGAGCUGUCUGGCUACGGCAAGCAGGAUCAGUAUUCUCCUUACUUUUCUGAUCGGCUGAAGGAAGGGCAUGUCAGACUGUAUCCUGCCAGCCGCUGCACAUCACAGCAUUUGUCCAACAAAACUGUCACAAACAACAUGCUUUGUGCUGGGGACACACGGACUGGAGGGAACAACGAAGUCUAUGUGCAUGAUGCCUGCCAGGGUGACUCUGGAGGCCCCUUGGUGUGUAUGAAUGACAACCGCAUGACGUUGAUUGGCAUCAUCAGCUGGGGUGUUGGAUGUGGGGAGAAAGAUGUUCCUGGUGUUUAUACCAAGGUUAUUAAUUACCUAAACUGGAUUCAAGACAACAUGCAGCCAUAACCAAGCACACCCAGCUUCCUGAACCCCCAGGAGAAUCUUCCUACCUGCCUCCUCUUCAGAAGACAUGACAAGGCCAGGUACUUCUUUACAGGAGUUUCUCCAUGAGUCAUCGCAAAGCAGAAGAACCCACAGAAGGAAAAGUCUAUCUUAUUUUACAGCCACUUUCCAUUUUGGAAGUUCCUUAGGGUUAAGGUCUGAAUUCAGAAUGUACUCUCAGACAAAACAAGUCAGCCCUUCCAGGAAUACCAUCACUUAAGACAGAAGAAUGGUGAAACACAAGAAAAAAAGAAAGAAAAGAAAGAAAGAAAGAAAGGAAAAGGAAGGAAGAAAGAAAAGCCCACCUCCUCAUCUGUCAAUGUGAGAAGUUUUGGAAGAUCCACAAAAAUAAAAGUAUAUCUUAAUAGUAAAUAUAUAUAUAUAUAUAUUCUAACUAGUAGUAGCUAGAUCUUUCAAGAAAGGAUUGUACUAGAAAUAGACUGUUUAUUAUUUCUAGUCAUGUCAACACCUCCUGCCAGCUCAGGUUCCUCAAAUUCAUGCUAUGAAUCAAAUAUUUGACUUCCUCUUUCUCCACUCAAUAGCUCUUAAGAGUUAUUCCUAUUGUGUACAGUGUAAAUCUAUUUUUUCUUGAUAAACUGUAUAACUGAACAGAAUUUUAUUAUGUAAUAACUGAUCAACUAGGUCUUAGCAUAUUUAUAUCAAUUUGUUACUUUCUGUUGCCAUAACUCUGUAUUAUACUGAACUAAAAGAAUAAAUCAGACAUAUUUUUCACUUA